AACUUUGUUUUAAGUUCAAUCAACUUAUAAUAAGCUAUAAUCCAAUUAUGAUGGAUCAUCGUAUUAUCGUUGUCUGACAAUAAUCAAUUAUGAUUCCGCUAUAAAAGUGUAAAAGGAAUGCGGAAAAUAAAUAAUCUUUUUAUGCUGAAGCAAAUAUGUAUAUAAACACACACAUGUAUAUAUAUAUUUAUUAAGAGUGUGAUUCAUAUGUACAAACUGAUUUUCCGGUUCUAAAUUUCGAUAAAUUGUAAUUUAAAAUGAAUAUACAUCAAGUCAUAAGGAAAUUUUGUCUGCAGUUAAAUCUAUUUAACCGUAAUAUAAAUUCUUAUUAAUAUAAAUGAAUUAUCAAUACAUCAUUAUCAUUGAUAUCAUGCGAUACGGAUACAUUUAACAGAUUAAAUAUGAAAUACAGUCAAUUUGUUGGAUUAACAUCAAACAACGAAUGUUUUUUAAAGCAAUUGUGUUCUUUGCUGUUCUAGCAGUAGCGGUUACUGUGCACGGAGAUGAAGAUGCACCAGUGGGAGCUUAUCCAUUCAUAGUUUCCCUUCAAUCAUACUCACAACAUUUUUGCACUGGAUCGAUUUUUAACGAAAGAUGGACAACAGCAGGGCAUUGUGUUCAAGCAAAUCCUUCCCUAGACAACUUUAGAGUCAAAGCUGGGAAGUACAACAUCUACAUUAAUGGAGGACUCCAAACAAACAGUCAAAUGGCGUUGGCCUGUAUGACAUUGGUUUGCUUAAGCUGGCGUCUCCAUUAAAGUUCAAUAAAAGAGUACAACCCAUCGAAUUGACAUCACCAGAAAGUGAACCAACGGGAGAGGCAUGGCUUUGUGAAUGGGCCACUACUUCAAGUAGUUUUUUGUCAGAUAAACUUCAACAUGUUUAACAGGAGUACGUCGAUUGUGUUGCUUGUCACAAAUUGGUUAUACGGCUGAUUGGAUCUUCUCCUGUUCAUGAAAUCUAUAUAUGUACUGGUCCAUUAAAAGGCGAAAUUGCCGCAUGCAGCGUAACUUUUUAUAGUUAUACGCGGUAAAUUUAUUAAGUAAUAAUAAUUUAAUAAUGCAACAAUUUAAUAUAUUAAAUUAAUUUUAGGUGAUAAUCAUGAUUUUUUAAUUUCGCCAAUUAUUUACAGUAUCAGUUUCUUUGUUUGGAAUUUGGUUAUCUUCCAUAACAAUUGUUUCUACAUCAUUCACCAAACUUUUACGGAUGAUUUUUCCAUCGUCUGUAUAUUACAUUAAUUCUUGAAUACUAAUAACAUUUAAUAUAUAAUACAAAAAUAUGUAUCACAUAUACACUCACCGGUUUGAAGAUAAAAAUAUAAAUUUUUAUCUAUUUGCCAGUAAUUAUAACCCUCUAGACACGAAUGGGAAGACAUUUCUUGUUCACUAGAAAUUGUUUCGCACACACCACAGGUGUACGACAUUUCUAAAAUUUCCUACAAAAAAUACAAAAAAAAGAAUACUAUUAAAUAAAUUAAUCUAACCUUAGUAUUGUUAUCAUAUAUAUACUAGACAUAUAUCAAUUUUGUUUCAAUAUUUUUAUAUCCUAUUAAAAAUUAAUAUUUUCCAUUUUUAUUUUAUUCAAAAUAUAUUUUACCUGUACCAUCAUGAUGUUAAUUUUAUAUUUCGUAUUUGGCGUGCUUCGCUGAUAGUUGGACUGAGUCGAACUUUCAGCGUAUUUUAGCUGUCGUAUUGUCAUACAGUCAUAUUGUCGAAAAUUGAAGAAGAGGGGGUACUUAUAUAUAUAGAUAUGCAUUGCAUAUUGCUUUGCAUAUAAAGGUAUGAAAGUAGAGUUAUUGAAAAAUCAAUAGCUUAUAUUAGAUAAUUUACAUUCUGAUACCUCUUGACAAAACA